AUGUCUAAGUUUGAAUAUGUUGAGCUUCCGAUUUUAGACAUUUCUCAGCCAUUAGAGUCAUCUUCCUUGACCUCUCUCUCUAAAGCAUGCAAAGAUUGGGGAUUUUUCCACAUAAUCAAUCAUGGAAUCUCCAAAGAUCUUUGCAACCAGAUCCAUUCAUUAUCCAAUUACCUCUUCAACCUCCCUUCUGAGACUAAACUUAAACUCGGUCCUUUCUCCUCUAUAAAAUCAUACACUCCUCACUUCAUUGCUUCUCCAUUUUUUGAGAGCCUCAGAAUUAAUGGACCAAACUUCUAUGCUUGUGCUAAGAGUUCUGAAGACAUCCUCUUUGACAAACACAAUUCCAUAUUCAGUGAGACACUGCAGGAAUAUUGUAGUAAGAUGGCUGAUUUGUGUGAGAAAAUUCUAAAGCUUGUGCUGAUGAGUUUAGGGGAUGGCUUUGACAAGUUGUUUUAUGAUUAUGAAUUUAAGAGGUGUCAUGGUUACUUGAGGAUAAACAACUAUUCUGCUCUAGAAAGUUUGGAAGACCAAGUCGAGGGGCUUGGAAUGCACACUGAUAUGAGUUGUAUUACUAUCUUAUAUCAAGAUGAAAUAGGAGGGCUUCAAGUGAGAUCACAUGAAGGCAAAUGGAUAGACAUAAGCCCUUCUGAAGGGACCCUAGUGGUGAACAUAGGGGAUAUGAUGCAAGCUUGGAGCAAUGAUAAGUUAAGGUCUUCUGAACAUAGAGUUGUUUUGAAGCAAACUGUGAACAGAUUUUCUUUAGCUUUCUUUUGGUGCUUUGAGGAUGAGAAAGUGGUGUUGGCACCAGAUGAAGUUGUUGGAGAAGGAAACAAGAGGAUGUACAAUCCAUUUGUGUGCUUAGACUAUUUGAAAUUCAGAGAGAAUAAUCAAAGAGGAAGGUUUGAAAAGGUAGGGUACACAGUUAGAGAUUUUGCAGGCAUCAAGUCUCAACUGUAA